AUGCCACAUCCAAGACACGACGCAAAUUCGGUGCACAAUAAACCAUCGGCGAGGCCCGACGCUCUCAAGUCUGAACCAAUCCCAACACCCAAGGCCAGCUGGUGGGAUGGAAUUCUAGGAGCUUCACACAAGAUCAGCCAGGCUGGAAGUGAUGUCGCCGAUCGCUUGGGACGACCGACAGACGAAGGCGAGGCGCUGGAUGCCGCGCAUCAUCCCGAAGACUAUGGCGCCACGGACGACAUCCAGAUGACCGACUUGCUCCAAGGCGACCACGAGCUUACCAAUGAUGCCUAUCAGUCAAAAUUGCAAAAGGAAUUGGGGUCCCGUGCACAGCUCUUAAUGGGUGUUCUGGGGGUGGGCAGUCGCACCUCAAUGCAGAGACAAGAGACGGACGACAGCACCGCUGAUGGUGGUAUACUGUCCCAUUUACUGAAAAGGCCCAAAUAUCACCGUCGUCAGGUCAGCGAUGGGGCAAUUUCGACAAUCUCUCCUGAGUCACGGUCUUCUUCGGGCAAAGGAAAGAAGCCGCGCAGGGAGAAAUGGUACAACACCGAGGAAGGUCGGAAGGCUAGGAAACGCAAUAGGCGUGCCCGGCUGAGACAAGCAAUCGCCACCAUCAUAACGCGGGAACGGUAUAUCAUAAAACUCUGUCGCGCUCUCAUGAAAUAUGGCGCACCGACACAUCGGCUGGAGGAGUACAUGCAUAUGACAGCCAAAGAGUUGGAUAUCCAGGCCCAUUUCCUGUAUCUUCCCGGGUGUAUGAUAAUGUCCUUUGACGACCCGAUCACGUGCACCACCGACAUCGAGAUCGUCCGGGAAGAACAAGGCUUGGACCUGGGUCGUAUGGCGGACACCCACAAUGUGUACAAGCGCGUGGUACACGACAAGUUGGGGGCGGAAAAGGCCACAGAAGAGCUGGAAACGAUGCUGCGGAGCCCGCCCCGCUACCAUCAACUAUGGCUGCGCUGCAUCUUUGUGGGUCUCUUUAGUGUUACAGUUGCUCCGUGGGCGUUUAACGGGCGGCCAGUCGACAUGCCCAUCAUCUUCGUGCUCGGCUGUCUGAUGGGCGUCAUGCAGUUUUGGCUGUCUCCCAGGAGCAAACUUUAUGCAAACGUCUUUGAGGUGAGUGCUGCGGUACUGUUGACGUUCAUUGCCCGCGGAUUUGGCAGCAUUCGGGUAGGAGGUCAUCCGGUAUUCUGCUUCUCGGCGAUUGUUCAAUCCUCCAUCGCCCUGGUUUUGCCAGGUUAUACCGUCUUAUGCAGCAGUCUCGAGCUACAGUCACACCAGAUCGUGGCCGGCUCCAUACGACUGGUGUACACGUACAUAUACUCCCUGUUUCUCGGAUACGGGGUCACGGUCGGCAUCACAGUGUAUGGCCUCAUAGAUAACAACGCCACGACCGAAGCCACCUGUUCCGCGGCGAGUUUGAAAAUAUAUGGGAAUGAAUACAUCCAACACUUUGCCUUUGUGCCCAUCUACUGCGCAUUCGCGGCCCUGACCCACCGUGCCAAGUGGAAGCAGAUACCAACGACCAGCUUCUUGGGAACUUGCGGCUACGUUACCAAUUACUUAGGUACGAAGUACUUGGACUCGCGACUGGGAAGCACCAUCGGCGCGUUUACCAUUGGACUACUGGCCAACAUCUACAGCAGAGUGUGGCACGGACAUGCCGCCGUGGUGAUUGUCCCUGGAAUCUUCACCCAAGUCUCGUCGGGUCUUGCUGCGAGCGGGUCGAUCGUGUCGGGACUGGCCUAUGCGAAGGCCGUCAAGCACAAUGCCGCUGGGAUAGAUGUGAUAUCGCAGGCAUCGUUGCAGAAAACCCUUUCGGCUCUUGGGUACAGCAUGGUCCAGACGGCAUUAAGUAUCACCGUGGGACUGUUCCUAUCAGCCCUGGUUGUCUAUCCGCGAGGAAAGAAGCGCAGCGGGCUGUUUAGUCUCUGA